CUGUGUGCAGCCAUAGCGGCAACCGUGAGGUCGACUGAAAAAGACAGAGAAAUGAAGACAGUCUGUUUUGUACUCCUUUCCGUUUCAUUAAAGUGUGCUGAUACAGAUAAGGUGACGUCAUUGUCUGCUAUGAAGGGAGAUCCUGUCACUCUAAGCACAGGUGUUACCAAACAGCAACAUGAUACAAUGCGGUGGUAUUUUAACAACACUCUCAUAGCUCAGAUCAAUGGAGAUCCCAGUAACAGUUGUUCGUAUGAUGGUGAAGGUGGGAGAUUCAAAGACAGACUGAAGGUGGACUUUGAGACUGGAUCUCUGAUCAUCACUAACAUCAAACCUGAACACGCUGGACGUUACGAAGCACAGAUAAUCAGAAGCAACAGCACAGGCACCAGCCAAAGAUUGAAAAGAAAGCCCAUAUGUAACAGCACAAAAAUCAUCCCAAAAAGUAACCUUGGCGACGCCAUAAAAGAAUUCAAUGUGACUGUCAGUGAGACAGAGAGUGUUGCAGCAGGUCCAAUACGAGCUCCCACUGCAGCGGCUUCUGUUGUUACUGAGUCUCAGGAUGAAUGUAAACGCCCGCCGACCGCUCAGAAGUCCAGCGCAUUGGCCGCACCGUUGUCCUGCCCGCCAGCCGCGGCUAUCCCCAGCCCACUGGCCGCGCCGAAGACAAAGUCCGCCUGCCGUGCCCGAGUCAAGUUUUCCGGCCGCACCAAAGUGUGCUGGCCGCGCCGUUGUCAAGUCCACCGGCCGUGGCUCUCUCCAGCCCGCCGGCCGCGCCAAAUCAAGUUUGCCGGCCGUCCCUAUGGCAAGCCCAUUGCACGUUCAUGUGGCAAGCCCGCCGGACUUUCAGCACUCAAGUUCGCCGACCAUGCCUUUUCCCCCCAUUCCAGAAUAGGAAACUAG